AUGGUCACUGCUUUCUUUCUACUGGAGUGGUGCCUUCGCGUCCGUGUCUUCGGCUACAGGUGGUUCAAGGACACCGAGCACCUCCUGGACACCUUCAUCGUAUGGAGCGAUCUCUUCAAGUUUUUCCGCAUUGCGCGGAUGCUGCGAUUCGUGCAGCUCGCCAGUGCAUUCGAAGACCUGUGGAAGCUGAGACCUCAGAGCGUCAAAAAGCAAGGCGGUUCUUUGUAUCUCGAGAUGUUGGAAGCAAAAAAUGGAAGGAUUGGCUUUCAGGAGUUCCCGAGUACUGCCUCCGAUGGUGCCAAAGAAGCACAGCAACGAUUCAAAGGGAUCAGCGCCUCGAUGCUGACGUUGACGCGCUUUAUGCACGGGGACGACUCGCAGGCCAUCAUGGAUGCCUUGGUGGAAGAGCUGCCCUUCAUCUGGAUCUUUCUCUGGCUCUUCACUGCCAUGUCAUCCUUCGUACUGCUGAAUUUAGUCACAGCUGUGAUCGUCCAGCACGCUAUGGACAUGUCAAAAGGUGAUGAGAAAGAGAUGGCCAUCUUACGCAAGAGGGAGCAGGAACGGGAGAUGAAGGAGCUAGAAGAGCCGGCCGCCCAGAUGUUUCGUGAAAUUGACGAAGAUGGAAGUGGCAUUGUCAGCUUGGCAGAGUUUGAGGAGGCCUUCAAGGAUCAGGCCAUCUGCGAUAAGUUCCUGAUGUUGGGGUUGAAGAAGGAGCAAGCCAUGGAGCUCUUCUCACUGCUGGACACCGGCGGCGAGGGAGAGCUGGACCUCUCCGAGUUCAUGCAAGGCAUGUCCCAGCUCAAGGGGGUUGCAAAGAACAAGGACAUGGUCAUGCUCACAAAGGGCAUCGAACGCCUUGGCAAAGGCAUCAUCAGGAUGGGCGAGAGCAUGGGCGUGCAAUGCAAACUUGAUGGAGCUAGCAAGAUGGAGCCUCUGCGAUCCUCCUGCCCCUUCCUUGAGCAAGAGGCCCGGCUCCACCUUUCCUACGAUGUGAGCAACUCGGUCUACUUGGAGGUACAGUCCAAUGAGGAGCCACUCUUUAGCUACAUGUUGCGCUUUGUGAGCAAGUCUGUUCAGGAUGCACGGAGCAUCCGUGCGGACAUGGGCAAGGGCAGAGGUCUGGGAGCGGACGACGACGAGAUUGACGACUUGCUUGUCAUGGUCAAGGGCAAGGGUAAGGUUGGCGGAGCAAGCCGCAAGCGCAAGCGAGAGGUUCAAAUGCCUUCAGGCAACAUCGGGCUGGGUUGGCACUCGUUCGAUUUCCAGUGGGAUGAAGGCAAGACAAGCAAGGUGACGGUGGUUCUCCAGCGCAUUGGACAUCCCACAGGUGACGGACCGUCCUUCUUCACGUCCUUGGUCCUGUUUGUGGAGGGCGCGGACCAGACUCCACUUCUGAAGCUCUGCCAGAAGGCAGCCGACAAUGAAACCAAGCAGAAGGCGAAUCGAGUGUCGUUGUGGAGGUUCGACACAAAGUACCAUUUCUGGUCGCGAAUCUCCAGACGGAUGGCACGAAGUCUGGACAGUAUUGUGCUGGAAGAAGGCGUGAAGCGACCGCUGCUUGAUGACCUCGAGUGGUUUCUCAAGGACGAGACGCGGACCUUCUAUGCCAAGCAUGGUAUUCCCUACCAUCGCUGCUACCUACUACAUGGCGAGCCAGGUACUGGCAAGACUUCCUUCAUGAAUUCCGUUGCUGGACACAUACAGCGAAACCUUUGCUUCAUCCAGAUGGACAAGCAUAUGACAGACGACACUUUCAGAAAUGCCAUGACGCAGUUGCCGGCUCUCUCCAUGGUAGUACUCGAAGAUGUGGAUGCCCUCUUCACCAAUCACCGUGAAGCUGACCACAACAACUCAUCUCUGUCCUUUAGCGGAUUCCUCAACUGCCUGGAUGGGCUUGGGGCUCCGGACGAUGUCGUGAUCUUCAUGACCACGAACCACCCAGACAAGCUGGACCCGGCCGUGAUGCGCCCAGGCCGGAUUGAUCUGAAAGCGGAGUUCAAGAAGCCGAACAAGGAUGUUGCUUCGAAGUAUUUCCUGACUUUCUACCCCGGCGCAGAAGAUGCCGCCACAGCUUUUGGAACUUCGGUAGGCGGGCGCAUUGCAGAGAGGAAAGUGUCCAUGGCUCAGCUGCAGCACUUCUUCUUGGCCUGUCAUCGACACGGCUUCGACGCUGCAAAGGCUGCGCAGUACAUCAACGACUUCACAUUUGAUGAGCCACGUGCGUCUCUCUUCUCCUCCUACGGCUAA